UGGGUCUUUGAUAGGCUCAGACUGGCUUCUGGUUCUUUGCUGUUCUCUGCCUCAGUGGAGUAGCUGGGAGCAUAUGAGGUAGCAGCGAGGCAAAAUGCACUUCCCAGGGGUAUGAACUUGCCUGCAAGGGGACACAGGGAAAAGGGAUGCAUAGCUCCUGAAGCACUGCAGGACAGCCGUGGAUGUGCCAUGUGUUUCAAGAGGAGCAGGAACAUCAGUCAGGUCCCCUUGAGGUAAUGCUGACAUUCUGUCCCCACCAGGGAACUAGUUAUCUUGCUCUGCCACCCAAAGAGGCCCAGGUGUCCUGCCUCUCAUGGGACAGGUGGCCAAGCCAGGAUGCAUGAUCCAAGGCAACUUGGGCAGGGGACACCAAGGGGAUGUGUGCAGACAGUCACGUGGUUUGUUAAUGACUACCUAAUGACCUUGGGGGGGACCAAGAGGGUGAGUGGGGCCUCCUGGAUACCUGUCUCUUCCCAGACAUCCACUGGACCUUGCUCUUUACUCUUCUGCCCCUCCUCCUGGAUCCUUGCCCAUUGGGCCCAGCUGGGGCCAGUAUAAAAGAUGUGCAGAAGAGUGGGAGGGAUCCCGGAGACCUUGAGGCCAUAAGGGAAACUGAGGCGCGCACACAGGUGUCCAUGGCAGGCUGGGUGCUAUGCGUGACCCUGGUGCUGGCAGCACUGGCAGGGGUGGAGGGCGAGAGCCGCUACGAGAAGUUCCUGCGGCAGCACGUGGACUACCCACGGACAUCCACGCUCGCGGCGCACCGCUACUGUGAGACCAUGCUGGCACGCCGGCAGGUGACGGCCCAGGGGAGGCCCUGCAAGCCCUCCAACACCUUCGUGCACGCGCCGGCCCAGGAUCUGGUGGCUGCCUGCUCCCGGGAGCCUGAUGCCUCAGGGUUCCAGAGCACCCCGACAGCCAUGGGCAUAACAGCCUGCCGCCUGCGGGGGGGGGACACCCGCCCCCCCUGUGCCUACCGCGCCCGGCAGGUCCAGCACCACGUGCGGGUCGCCUGCCGGGACGGGCUGCCCGUGCACCUCGCCGGCACCUACGCGCCCCCGCAGUGAGGCUGGACGUGUGGGGGCUGUAGGUGGGGAUACGGAUUCUCCCUCCCACUGGAGGCUCCAUUAAUGCCUGAAAUAAAGGAGGUGUCACAGGCCUGGGCUCCAGCAUCAGCUUCUGGGGGAAUCCUGUGAUCUUACCCCUCUCUGGUGGCCCCUAAGCCCCUUGGGUGCCCUCAACCCUGUCCAAGGUGGAUCUAGCCACCCAUGUGCCUUAUAAACCCCUUUUCCCAGCAUCAUGGAUGUCCCAUGGACCUGUAGGGUGUCUGACCUUUCCUGUGCCCUCUCUUCCUUUCUUAGUCACUCCACAACUCCUAUGGGUGCCCCAUAACCAUCCCCACUCCCCCAGCCCAGGGUCCCCCUGAUCUCUUGGAUGUGCACCCAGCUCUCUCCCUCAGUAUCCUCACCCUUCAGGUGUCACAUUGCUUUUCUGGAUGCCCCAUACCUCCCACAGGGUCCCACAACCUCCCAUGUGCCUCAUAACCCCCUGGGUACCCCCAACUUCCCCCAUAUCUAUCCCAUAAACCAUCAGGUGCCCCACAAUCCCCUCUCCCACAUGCCUCUGCCCCCAUCUGUGGCUGAAGCUGCUUCUGGGCCCCCUUGGCACCCGUAUGGGACUGAGUCCUAGCUGGGGCCAUACACAGCUCUGGAUUAUCACCCCACACACUGAACACACACAAUACACAUGAAACGUGCACUGUGCGCACAACAUACAACCACACUCGCAACACAAAACAUACAACACUCACACCCCUGCUCCUACACCUAGCACACAUACACAAGCACAUACACACAAUACGCACACACUACACGUACACACAUACACAAGUAUUUUCUUGGGUUUGGAUGGGAUUUCAUGCAUUUCAGCUUGUGUUCAUCACCUUUUGUCCUUCAUUCCUCCCCGUCAGUACUUACCAGUACACCUAUAAUCUCCCCCUGCCUGAGCCUUCUCUUCUCCAGGCUGAACAGUCUCUGCUCUCAGAUGCACCCAGAAAUUGUAGCUGAGGAGGAAAAGAAGUGCAGCGAAUGGACUUCCUGAUCCUUUUUCAUUGCUCCCUCUCCAAGAUAGCUCUUGCUCAUGUGCCUUGAGUAACUCAGCUGCUCUUUUUCUGGAAUUCAGCAGAAAGACACUCUGAGGGCCCUCCAUGGACUGGCGAGCUCCAGCUCUCAAUGCUGCCUGCCCCAGUGAGAAGAGCACUACUUCCUGUGCACUGGAGAGGAAUUGGGGUAUUUCAAGGGCAUUUGGGGCAUUCCUGGCCUAGCAACUUCCAGCACUCACUUCUCCACCCUGUGUUUUAAUAAAUCAUUGUAUUUAUUACUCAA